AUGCAGCUCAAAACCGUCCUCAUUGCGUCCCUAGCGACCACUGUCAGCGCACGCAUUCACGGCAUCGGCUUCCCGAAGACAAUCAAAGCUGGAGAUGAGGUGACGGCUAUCAUUGGGAGCGCCAACUACAUCCAGUCCGUCUACGAUGUUGCUAUCGCUUUCGGCAUCAACAGGGAGGCCGCAGCAUUUCCCGACACGCUUGGUCCCGUUCUAGGUUCCUUCUACCUUGGGCCUGAGGAUGGUAGAUAUGUCAUUGGCGCUGCUCUGCUGAGUUUGUAUGGGGCAAGCGUGAACCCCGUACUUGUUGGGUACAACGUCACGGUUACCAUUGGGGAAGAGACGAGCGAGGAUUACGUGAAUAGCUGGGAUGAGGAGUAG